GUUCAGUGUUCACAGUUGACAGUUCACAGGCCACGGCUCACGUAUAUUGUAAAUUGUAUUUUGUAAUGGUUAAGUCAAACGAUUUACCCGUAAGUUUUUACAACUAAGGAAAUAUUAAUUUAAAAUGUUAUCAAAUAAGCAAUUAGUUAUAGGAUGUUCUAUAGCAUUCCUCAGUAAUCUUGCCUUAUUAGCGUUAUUCGUGAAAUAUAACAUAGGAGAGAAAUUUUACAUUACCAUUAACCAUCAAGAUAUUACAGUGAUUUUGCCAGAAAGUUACCUGAGCAUAGGAAUAGACGCCUCAGAAAUUCAAGAUUUCAAUAAAGUUGAUUUCUCAAAUGAGAGACUUCUAAAUCUUGCUGCAGCUCUUUCACCAGCAAGACUUCGACUCGGAGGUACUAUGUCAGACCGCUUAAUCUUUAGUCCUAAUGACUUACCUUCAGUUUCUUGUGAUCAUUGCCCACAGACUGCUGUUAAGUCAUUUUGUACAAGUCUUAAAAAAUUGUGCAGGCACAAAUUCUUACCAUUUUUUAUAAUGACUGGACCAAAGUGGAUUGAAAUAAACAAUUUCUGUUUACGUAGUAAUCUUAAAUUGAUGUUUCCUUUAAAUGUUCUUCUUCGUGAUGAACAUGAGUGGAGUCAACAAAAUGCCAUAGAAAUUAUAAAAUUUUCAAAACUAAACAACUAUGAAAUAGACUGGCAGCUAGGCAAUGAACCAAACUCAUUUCGUCAUGUUUUUAAUAAAACGAUAACUCCACAUGCUCUAGCCCAAGACUAUAAAAAGCUUAGAAAACUUCUCAACCAGUUGGGAUAUAAGCACUCUUUGCUUGUUGGCCCAGAUACAACACGGCCCCAAGAUCAUCAACCAAACUGUCUUAAAUACAUGGUGGACUUUUUAGGAAAUGCUUCGCAUUAUAUAAAUAUAAGAUCAUGGCAUCAGUAUUACCUAAAUAGUAGAACAGCUAAGCUAGAAGACUUUUGGACACCUGAUACUUUGGAAUUAUUAGAUAAUCAGAUACAAACUAUGAAAAACAAUACACAACCAUAUCAUAACAUUCCAAUGUGGCUUACAGAAACUAGCAGUUCAUAUGGUGGUGGAGCACCAGGACUUUCAAAUUCCUUUGCUGGUACUCCAUUGUGGUUAGAUAAACUUGGGCUUGCAGCUAAAAAUAACAUUACAACAGUAGUGAGACAAAGUUUCUUAGGUGGUAAUUAUAGCCUUAUUGAUAAAAACUUGAGACCCUUGCCAGAUUGGUGGGUGAGUGUUUUAUAUAAAAAACUUGUUGGUAAUAAGGUGUUAAACUUAACAAGCAACAGUUCUAAAUUUCAAAGACUGUAUGUACACUGUGCAAAUAGAAACUAUACAAAUGACACAACAGCCAUAACAUUAUAUGGUAUUAAUUUACAAAUGGAGAAAAUUAGAUUUGUAGUCAAUGGAACAGCUUUUACUGAAGAUGAUUUAGUUAUAGAUGAAUAUAUUGUAAGUGCUCCAUCAAAUAAUAGAAGAAGUAAAACAAUUCUCUUAAAUGGCUGGCCUCUGUAUUAUGAGUCAUCAAUGCCAGAAUUUAAACCGAAAGAGCACAUGCACACUAAACAUAUUUCAAUGCCCCCAUAUUCAGUCGGGUUUUGGGUAAUAAAGAACACUACCAUCAAAAAUUGCUCAUAAUCAGAACUUUAUUUUUAAACCAAUUUUAAAAGUCCAAGAAGGAGGUUAUUAUCACAUUAAUUUUUUUGUUUUGUUAGCAAAGGCAGUACAGUAAGGUAUAAUUUUUUUUAAAUUAAAAUAAGUAUACAAAUUUUAUUUUUAUAUGCUGCUUUAAUGUGUUCUUUUUCUGAUUUUCAAUUUUCAUACAUAAAUAUUGAAUGGCUUUAAUUUAUAUAAAAUUAGUCAAUAAUUUGUAGAUACUAUAUUUAAGAUAGAAUCUGUCAUUUAUACAAUUUCCUGUGAUUUUUCUUGAGAUCUUUUAGUAUUGUGGGUUGUCUAUAAAAUAAUUUACUGUCUGGUGUAUGCCCAUCUGUAAAGCUGAGAGUAGUAACUAUAUUAAACAAAAUAAGUAUAAUUAUAAACUAAUUUUUUAAGUUUUUACACUUUUCCAUAAUUCUAAUGUUUUAAUAAGCCUUAAGAAAUGUUACAUAAUUUGUUAAGGUAUUUUUUAUAUACAUGUUUAUUCUUCUAAUAAGAAUAAAAAUAGUGUGUGUCGAUUUAUAUACAAUUUGGAGUGCAAACAUGAAAGCAUAUCUUACUAUCUCAGGUCUAAGUGAUACAAUACUAAGGGUUUGUUUCACAAUGUAUGGAUAAAGUACCAAUUAGCUAUGCAACACAUAAAUUAUUUGGAAGAUAAAUUGUGCUAUUUGACAUUCAUCAGACUCAUAACUUAUGAUGGACUUUAUGUGACGUAUAGCGCUAUCUGAUAGUCUUGAAACACAACAAUAGUGUUUAUCCUACCAAUUAGUAAUAAAUAGCUAAUUUGGAACUUAUGUAGAAGUUGUCCGUACAUUGUGAAACAGACCCUAAGUAUUAGAUAUUGUUACAUAUUGUAUGUGUUACCACACUAAUUAUUUGGCUGUGGCUUGGCCAUAAUUUGUUGUGGCUUACUGUAGAAAAGGUAGUAUUUUAUGUGAACAGCACAUUUGCAAUUUAAUUUUUCAAAGUAGCAAAGUAUUUUAAGCAAGAGAUAAUUUAUUGAUGGACAAUAGUUACUCUUCUAUAAUAUUGUUAUUCAGAGUAUUUAUUUACAUAAACACAGAUAGUUAUAUCAACUGGCCUUAUAUACAUUCAUUUAGCAUUGAACCUCAUUACGGUUGUUUGAUAAGUUGUUCUCUAAAUCAAUAUCAAUUACUUAUUAAUAUUGCACAUUUUCUGCAUACAAUAUAUGCAAUGAUUAAUUGGUGACUAUUGAAAGAAUUUAUUUAAUUGCUUCUAGUAACUAAAAUAGAACUUCUAGUUAUUGCAUUUUUAAUUUCUAUAUUUUGUUAAGUAUAGAUAUACAAUAACAUAGAGUAGAUGCCUAUAUUCGUUGAAUGCAUUUAUUUAUUAAAGAUAUUACUAUAUAUCUAAUAUUCUUUUACAUUCGAAUAACAAGUAUAGAUAUUAAUUUUUCCUAUUAUAUAUAAGUAUUAGUUGUAGUUUUUAGUAUAUAAAUUUACAAAAAUAUUUUUAUAGCUUGGUAUUUUUCCUUAAAUUGGACAUGAUAAUAUUCAUAAAGCCAGUGAAAUCCUAGAAGUUGUAAUAAAUUACAUUCAAUACUGUUCAAUAUUAUAUCAAAUAAUCUGUACUAACAUUGUUCUGUAUAAAAGCCUGUUAAACUUUUUUAUUAAAAUGAAUUUUGUAUUGUAUAAAAUAUAAGUAAAUGUUGUGCUAAUUUUUUUAAGACUGAGGAAAACUUAACGCAGUGCCUUUUUUGUAUGUACCUAGUUUUUAAACAUUUUAUAUGCCAUAUCUCAUUUUUUUUUAAUUUAAUUAGUGACACUUACAUACAAUAUUUAAUAAAUAACCUAUUUUAACAAA